CUUGGUUAUUCUGCCUGUCUCUCAUUUUUGGCUUGUGUAAAGUCGUCCAUUCGUUUAAACUACAAAACAAUAUAAACAACAAUGGCCCUCGCAAAAGAAGUCAUAAUCCUUCUCGUCAUUGUCGGCUGCGUCGUCAGCGUCCUCAUCGGCUACUCCAUCCACUCGCUCGCUACAAACGGCUUCAACGGCCAGGGAGAACCCAAGGAAAUGACCGACGACCAGAGACGGUAUAUGCGGGAGUUCCGACUGAAACAGUUAAGCUGGAUGGCGCGAGAUGCACGGUCACGGCCAGAUAUUGAGACGCCGGUUGGAUCGGGGGUUUACUCCAAGAUGGAUUACUAGGGUGUCUUCUACUACUCGAU